AUGUCUGGAAUAAUGCUUGCGUCGGGCAGACUGAGAGCUGUGUGGAUAUAUUUACUCUUGGUGAUGCUGGAGGGUUUCUGGGAAGCCGUGUACGGCCAGCUCUCUUACUCCGUGGCGGAGGAAGUGAAUGUUGGGACCUUUGUGGGAAAUAUUGCAAAGGAUUUAAGCAUAAAUGUCCAGGAUUUGGAGUCACGCAUGUUUCAAAUUGUUUCGGGAGCAAAGAGGAAAUAUUUUGAGGUAAACAUAAAGACUGGUGUUCUAUAUGUCAAUGACAGAAUAGAUAGAGAGGAACUGUGCGGAGAUGAAGCCAAAUGUUCACUCAGUGUAGAGGCGAUUAUUAACAACCCAUUAAAGAUAUUCCAUAUAGAAAUUGUUAUCCUGGAUGUUAAUGACAAUAAUCCAUUGUUUUCUAGAAAGCUUCAAGUAUUAAACGUUAGUGAAAACACUGCAUCGGGAGCAAAAUUCCCUCUGCAUGCAGCUCAGGAUGCAGAUGUUGGUAAAAAUACAGUAAAUUCAUACAAACUUAGCCCAAAUGAGCAUUUCUUUCUUGAUGCACAAAAAGGGGAAAGUGUGACACCAGAGUUAGUGCUUCAAAAGAUUUUGGAUCGUGAAAAACAGGCAGUAGUCACACUCAUAUUAACUGCUAUUGAUGGAGGAACACCCGCUAAAUCAGGUAGCAUGACAAUUGUUGUAAAUGUGUUAGAUAACAACGACAAUGCUCCUGUAUUCAGCCAAAGUCUUUACAAAGCUCGAGUACAUGAGAAUAUUGAGAUUGGCACGUCAAUUAUAACACUGAAUGCCACUGAUUUAGAUGAGGGUCAACACGGACAUGUGUUCUAUUCUUUCAGUGCAGGGGGAAAAGAGAAACAAACAAAUAUGUUUGCUAUUGAUGAAAAAACUGGAACAGUGACUAAUAAGAAAAAUAUUGAUUUUGAAGACAUAAAUGCAUUUGAGCUACGAGUACAAGCCAAUGACGGAGGUUCAUCCCCUUUAACAUCUCACACCAAAUUGUUGAUAGAAGUUUUAGAUAUCAAUGACAAUGCUCCUGAAAUUUCAAUCACAUUAUUAUUAAACACAGUGAAAGAAGAUGCCACGAUUGGCACUGCCAUUGCAAUAGUGUCUGUACUGGACAAGGAUGGAGGGAAGAAUGGCUUGGUAAACUGUAAAAUUAAUAAUGAUGUGCCUUUCAAACUUGAGUCGAAUUAUAAGAACUCCUAUUCCUUGGUUGUUGGUGGUCCUCUUGACAGAGAGAGUGUAUCUGUGUACAAUAUCAGCAUUACUGCAAAUGAUGAAGGCAUUCCACCUCUUACUAGCACCAGUGUGAUUAAUGUGCACAUUUCAGAUGUUAAUGACAAUAAGCCUUACUUCUCAGAGCCACUCACUAAUCUUUAUAUUAAAGAAAAUAGUCCACCAGGAGCACUUACCCAUAGAGUGACUGCCGUUGAUGAGGACUUUGAUCAAAAUGGGCAAGUGAGGUACUCAAUUGUGCAAAGUAACAAUGACUCAGUGCCAGUAACUACAAUGAUAAACAUUAACUCGGAAAGUGGGGAUAUUGUAAGUUUGCAGUCUUUUGACUAUGAGAAGGUAAAGAUGUUUCAGUUUAAAGUUCAGGCCACAGACUGUGGUGUUCCUCCACUUAGCAGUGAGAUGAGUGUCAAUGUUUUUAUCCUGGAUAAGAAUGACAAUAGCCCCACUAUUCUCUCACCAUAUUCUGAGCUUGGCUCAGUGAACAGUGAGAGCAUCCCCUAUUCUGCUGAAGCAGGAUACUUUGUAGCAAAGAUCAGGGCAGUAGAUGCAGACUCUGGAUACAAUGCACUGCUCUCCUAUCACCUGUCUGAGCCCAAAGGCAACAACAAUCUAUUUCGGAUUGGGACAAGCACUGGGGCGAUUCGGACCAAGAGAAGAAUGGGUGACAAUGACCUGAAAAGUCACCCAUUGGUGGUUGUGGUAUCUGAUAAUGGAGAAGCCUCCCUGUCGGCUACUGUGUCUAUUGAUGUGGUGGUGCUUGAAAGCACAGUUGACAUCAACACUCAGUUCAGACAUGUGCCCAUAAAAGAGGAGAGCUUCUCUGAUUUACACUUGUAUCUGCUCAUGGCCAUUGUGGCCAUUUCGCUCAUAUUCCUGCUCAGCCUCGUCGCUUUAUUGGCCUUUAAAUGCCACAGACAGACAGAUGGAACUUUCGACAGGUGCGGCGCACCAAUGAUCACCACCCACCCGGACGGGAGCUGGUCCUAUUCCAAAGCUACUCAGCAGUACGACGUGUGUUUCAGUUCCGACACACUCAAGAGUGACAUGGUGGUUUUUCCCACACCCUUUCCACCUGUAGAGGCAGAACUGAUCAGCAUUAAUGGAGGAGACACCUUUACCAGGACUCAGACUUUACCUAACACUGAGAAGGUAGGCUAA